AUGGAACCAUUACUCAAGAUAUUAAUCACCAAGAAGAUUGGAAGGUUAGUGUUAUUCACUUCUGUUGUCAUCAUCAUCAUCAUCAUUUUUCUGGCUCCUUCUUCCUCUUCAGAAGCAAUUGCACAAGAAGGAAAGGAAAUGGAGGCCCUUCUCAAAUGGAAGGACAGCCUUGAUAGUCCAACGGAUUCUGCUCUUCUACACUCAUGGAGUCCUCUACCUCCUCACAACCCCUCCACGUCAUCAUCAACAAAUUCAUCUUACAACUUCAAAAUUGGAGAUGGCAGCCCCUGCAAAUGGUUUGGAAUCACUUGUAACAAGGCAGGAAGUGUUGUUGGUGUAAACAUUACAAGCAGUCAUCUUCAAGGUACGCUUCAUAACUUCAGCUUCUCAUCAUUUCCCUACUUACGCACCCUUGUUCUAUAUAACAACAGCCUUUAUGGAAGUAUCCCAUCCCAUAUUAGUGAGCUUUCUAGGCUCACCUACCUUGACUUGGGUCAAAAUCAUCUAUCCGGAUAUAUUCCAUCUGGAAUACGCCUAUUAACAAGUUUAGAAUACCUUUUUCUGGAUGGCAAUGAAAUUUCCGGAUCCAUCCCUCAAGAAGUAGGACAGCUUAAAUCUCUCGUUAAGCUUUUUUUGAGAAAAAACCAUCUGACUGGUUCAAUCCCUGUAUCCAUUGGAAACCUGACCAUGUUAAAAGUACUAGACCUUGGAGGGAACAAUAUUUCUGGAUGUAUCCCACAAGAAAUAGGACAACUUAAAUCUCUCGUUCAACUUUGUUUGUAUGAAACCCAAGUGACCGGUUCAAUCCCUGUAUCUAUUGGAAACUUGAGCAUGUUAACAUUGCUAGACCUGAGCCAAAACCAUAUAAAUGGAUACAUCCCUCAAGAAGUAGGACAACUUGAAUCUCUUCUUACUCUCUCCUUUGAUGACAACUAUCUUGUUGGAUCAAUCCCUGCAUCCAUUGGGAAGCUCAAAAACCUUACAUUCUUAGGUUUAGCGGACAACUACCUGAAUGGCUCCAUUCCUCAAGGCUUAUUGAACAAUCUUACCGAGCUGAAGACGCUGCAAUUUGACAGCAACAACUUGUCUGGAUUCCUUCCUGAAAAUAUUUGUCUCGGUGGAAAACUUACACGGUUUGUAGCAGCCCGUAACAAUUUUAGAGGUUCCAUUCCAAGAACCUUGAGAAAUUGCAGUACUUUGGCCGCAGUUUCACUUGAAUGUAAUUUACUAACAGGAAAUAUAUCAGAAGAGUUCUGGAUAUGCCCAAACUUAAGUCAUAUAGACUUAAGCAACAACAUGCUUGUGGGAAAGCUUACCGGAAACUGGGGACAAUGUCAUAAACUCACUUUGUUGAACCUCUCUAACAAUAAAAUUUCAGGUGAGCUACAUCCUGGACUUGGGAAAGCUACUGAGUUGCGUGUACUUGACCUCUCUUCCAAUCUUCUCGAAGGGAAAAUUCCAAACGAGCUGGGACGUCUAAAAUUCUUAUUCAAGCUCAGCUUGAACAACAAUACAAUUUCUGGGCAAGUUCCUGCAGAAAUUGGAUUGUUGUCAAAUCUUGAGAUCCUUGAACUUGCAUCCAACAAACUAAAUGGAUCGAUCCCCGUUCAUUUGGGACAGUGCUCAAAACUGAGGCACUUGAACUUGAGAAUGAACAGACUAAGUGGGAAUGUUCCAUUCCAGAUUGGGCGUUUGGAAUCUCUCCUAACUCUGGAUGUAAGUCACAAUUUUCUUGCAGGAGGCUUGCCUGAGGAGCUGCAUAAUUUGCAAAUGUUAGUAACAUUUAACCUCUCUCACAAUAUGCUCUCUGGCUCAAUACCAUCCAAGUUCAAAGAAAUGGAAAGCUUGUCAUCUAUUGAUGUAUCCUCCAAUCAAUUAUAUGGACCUCUACCAGACAUCAAAGCCUUCACCGAGGCCCCAGCAGCAGCACUGCAAAAUAAUAAAGGCUUGUGCGGCAACAACACUAGUUUGAAGCCAUGUCCUGUUGGCGGAAAGAAAAACAUCAUUCCUGUUGUAAUUUCAGUUAUAGUGUCUACUAUAAUUGUUUUGUUAAUCAUUGCUGGGAUACUUUUUAGUCGCCAAAAAGGAGAGAAGAUUGUGGAUGAACAACCAAAGGAAAUAAAAACUGAAAUUUUCUUUGCAGCAUGGAAUCAUGAUGGGAAAAGGGUUCAUGAAGAAAUAGUUGAAGCCACAGAGAACUUUGACCCCAAAUAUUGCAUUGGGGUUGGAGGGAAUGGAAGUGUUUAUAAAACACUGUUGUCAACCGGUCAAGUUGUUGCAGUGAAAAAGUUCCAUGAAAAUGGUGGCCGGGCCAGUAAGGAAGCUUUUGAUAGUGAGACUAGCAUGUUGACAAAAGUACGCCACAGAAAUAUCAUUAAGCUUUUUGGAUUUUGUUCGCAUACUAGAUACUCGUUUUUGGUGUAUGAGUUCAUGGAAAGGGGAAGCUUAUUUCAGAUACUAAGAGAUAAUGUAAAGGCGAAGGAAUUGGAGUGGACUACAAGAGUGAAUAUUGUCAAAGGUUUAGCCAAUGCCAUCUCCUAUUUGCACCACGGGUGUUGUCCUGCUAUAGUUCAUAGAGACAUAUCAAGCAAGAAUGUUCUGUUGGAUGCAGAAUAUGAAGCUUGUAUUUCUGACUUUGGUUCAGCUAUAAAUUUGCAUCCCGGCUCAUCAAAUUGGACUUCAUUUGCAGGAACUUUUGGAUACUCAGCUCCAGAGCUUUCUUAUACAAUGGAAGUAAAUGAAAAAAGUGAUGUGUACAGCUUCGGAAUUGUGACAUUGGAAGUGAUUAUGGGAAAGCAUCCAGGAGAUCUCAUCUCGUCUCUAUCAACAUCACCAUUAGCAGUCGCUGAUCAGAUUCUACUUAAAGAUGUAUUAGAUGAACGUACCUCACCUCCAUGGAAGCAUUUAGAAGACCAGGUUGUCUGCAUUGCAGAGAUAGCAUUUUCAUGCCUGCAUCAAAUUCCACAGCUUCGGCCAACCAUGAAGCAAGUUUCUCAGAAGCUAUCAAUUUUAUUACCAUUACCAUCACCAUCACCAGAGCCCUUUCAUGCAAUUACAUUAGAGAAACUGUUUGAUCCCGAAACUCUGAUAUACUGA